GGCGGCUGGCUCUACACCCGCUCCGUCGAAGUGACCGCCGCUUGGGCCUCCGCCUUUGACUCCGCCGCGGAGCAAGGCGGAGGGGCGGCAGACUUGCGGCCGGCGGGCUCGGGCGUGGCCUCUGCGCUGGACGGGUACCGCGGCUUCGGGUGCGAGAUGCGAGAGGGGCGGGCCGAGGUCCUCACAUGCGAGGGAAGCUGGACCCACUCGUUCGCCCUCGCUACGCCCCUCAACGCGCCCGCCGGGAUCGAGCUCGCCUCGAUCGCGUACGACUUCGUCUCGCGCUUCGUCCGCGCCGCCGACGGUUCGCUCGCCGCCGCCGCCGGCGAGGAGGACGCCUCCCCUUCGCCGCCGCCGCUCGGCGCCUCGCGCCUCUCCCUCGACGCGUGCGCCUCCUUCGGGCCGUACCGUGCGGCGGCGAUGCUGGCGCCCGGCCUGCUCGCCGAGCUGGCGCGCCGCUACCCGCCCGCCGGCGCCGCGCUCAUCGUCGGCAUCGUGAUCGGAGGCGUGGAGUGCGUGCUGCUCUGCCUGCUGCUCGGCGCAUCGGCCAUCGCCGCCGUCCGCGCGCUCGCAAAGUCGCACACCAGAUCGCAUCUGCCGGUCCGCCUCUUUGGCCACGCGUCGUUGACCUGA